GUGAGCGAAGAGAGAGCCCCAGCCCUGGCAGCCCCAGUGGCCCCCCUCAGCUGGGAUGUUCCCCAAUGGCACCGCCUCCUCUCCUUCCUCCUCUCCUAGCCCCAGCCCGGGCAGCUGCUGCGAAGGCGGCGGCAGCAGGGGCCCCGGGGCCGGCGCUGCGGACGGCAUGGAGGAGCCGGGGCGAAAUGCGUCCCAGAACGGGACCUUGAGCGAGGGCCAGGGCAGCGCCAUCCUGAUCUCUUUCAUCUACUCCGUGGUGUGCCUGGUGGGGCUGUGUGGGAACUCUAUGGUCAUCUACGUGAUCCUGCGCUAUGCCAAGAUGAAGACGGCCACCAACAUCUACAUCCUAAAUCUGGCGAUUGCUGAUGAGUUGCUCAUGCUCAGCGUGCCCUUCCUGGUCACCUCCACGUUGUUGCGCCACUGGCCCUUCGGUGCGCUGCUCUGCCGCCUCGUGCUCAGCGUGGACGCGGUCAACAUGUUCACCAGCAUCUACUGUCUUACUGUGCUCAGCGUGGACCGCUACGUGGCCGUGGUGCAUCCCAUCAAGGCGGCCCGCUACCGCCGGCCCACCGUGGCCAAGGUAGUAAACCUGGGCGUGUGGGUGCUAUCGCUGCUCGUCAUCCUGCCCAUCGUGGUCUUCUCUCGCACCGCGGCCAACAGCGACGGCACGGUGGCUUGCAACAUGCUCAUGCCAGAGCCCGCUCAACGCUGGCUGGUGGGCUUCGUGUUGUACACAUUUCUCAUGGGCUUCCUGCUGCCCGUCGGGGCUAUCUGCCUGUGCUACGUGCUCAUCAUUGCUAAGAUGCGCAUGGUGGCCCUCAAGGCCGGCUGGCAGCAGCGCAAGCGCUCGGAGCGCAAGAUCACCUUAAUGGUGAUGAUGGUGGUGAUGGUGUUUGUCAUCUGCUGGAUGCCUUUCUACGUGGUGCAGCUGGUCAACGUGUUUGCUGAGCAGGACGACGCCACGGUGAGCCAGCUGUCGGUCAUCCUCGGCUAUGCCAACAGCUGCGCCAACCCCAUCCUCUAUGGCUUUCUCUCAGACAACUUCAAGCGCUCUUUCCAACGCAUCCUAUGCCUCAGCUGGAUGGACAACGCCGCGGAGGAGCCGGUUGACUAUUACGCCACCGCGCUCAAGAGCCGUGCCUACAGUGUGGAAGACUUCCAACCUGAGAACCUGGAGUCCGGCGGCGUCUUCCGUAAUGGCACCUGCACGUCCCGGAUCACGACGCUCUGAGCCCGGGCCACGCAGGGGCCCUGAGCCAAAAGAGGGGGAGAAUGAGGAGAAGGGAAGGCCGGGUGCGAAAGGGACGGUAUCCAGGGCGCCAGGAUGCGGUCGGGAUAACGUGGGGCUGGGACACUGAGAGCCUCUGAUGGAGGGACCCAGGAAAGGCGCGCGACAAUGGUAGAAGUGAAAGCUUUGCUUAUAAACUGGGAAGGCUUUCGGGCUACCUUUUUCUGGGUCUCCCACUUUCUGUUCCUUCCUCCACAGCGCUUACUCCUCUGACCCUCCUUCUAUUUUCCCUACCCUGCAACUUCGAUCCUUUCUUCCGCACCGUCCCUUCAGUGCAGAUCACGAACUCAUUAACAACUCAGUCUGAUCCUCAGCCCCUCCAGUCGUUAUUUCUGUUUGUUUAAGCUGAGCCACGGAUACCGCCACGGGUUUCCCUCGGGGUUAGUCCCUAGCCGCGCGGGGCCGCUGUCUGGGUUCUGUCUGGUGCCCCUACUGGAGUCUCGGGAAUGGCCGCUCUCCCUUUGCGCAGCCCUACCUUAAGGAAAGUCGGACUUGAGAAAGAUCUAAGCAGCUGGUCUUUUCUCCUACUCUUGGGUGAAGGUGCAUCUUUCCCUGCCCCGA